AUGUCAUCGUUACCCGUUACGAGAGAGAUUCCAAUCUAUUUUCUUAAGACUAAAUCAACUCCUCACGAUGGUUAUAAAGAAUAUUUCUCGCCCACCAAAGGCUUCAAGCCAUACUUCGUCCCGGUCUUGGAGCACAAGUUCAAUCGCAAUAACUUAGCAAAGGUGAAAGAUCUCAUUCUCUCCGGUGCAUUAACCGAACAAUAUGGUGGAAUAAUAUUUACCAGCCAGAGAGCCGUCGAAGGCUUCUCGAAGAUGAUACAGGAUGAGGUAGGGAUAGACAGCUAUACCGUAAACCUCUCUCGCUCUCUAUCGUUUUAUUCCGUGGGUCCAGCAACAUAUAGAUCCCUCAAGUCGUUGUGCGACGUCUACUUCCCGCAUUCGCAGGUUAUAGGUGAAGAGGCAGGCACUGGAGAGCGGCUCGCAAGCCUCAUUAUCCCCCAUUAUAACGGCCUACAGCAAGGUAUAUCGGAUGAGAACGCGCCUUUAGAGGCUAUAAAGAAGGAGAAACUGCCACUUUUGUUUCUCGUUGGCGAGCAACAUCGUGAUAUAAUACCGAAGACACUCAUGUCUCCGUCUCUUGGCCAUGAGGCACGCAUCGGAGUUGAUACGAUGGUAGUCUAUGAGACGGGAGUCAUGGAGAGCUUUGGACAGGAUUUUGUAGCGGCUCUCGAAAAGCAAGACCAAGGUUAUGUCGAUAUACCUGCUGGAAACAAGAUCCCACAUAAACAGUUAUUAUGGGUUGUAGUAUUCUCGCCUUCUGGCUGUGAGGCGAUGCUACGGCACCUAGGUCUUCUAGAGGAAAGUCGACAGCCAGAAGAAGAUAAGACAUUGAUACAUCCCGUUGGAAAGAGGAGGACAUCGAGCAGAUGGUCAAGAUUUGACUGUCGAAUUGCAACUAUUGGGCCAACCACAAGGGACCAUUUGGUUUCUAAUUUUGGGGUACAGCCGGAUGUUUGUGCUGAGAAACCUUCACCAGAGGGACUGGCGGAGGGGAUUGAACCUAUUAUAGCGGAGUGGAAUAGGUCUGAAGAGCAAGAUAGAUGA